AUGCCUGAAACCGGGGACACCGACGGGGCUGCUCUCAAUCAAGAAGAGAGGGUACCAACGGAACUCUCUGAAAAUGAACAGGAAGGUGGUUCGGCGAGUGCUGGAGAGAAGCUUCGCGACCCAAGGUAUCCGCUCAAGGUAAAGUAUGCCCCGUGCGGCCUGCCUCCCGAGUACUGCGAGUUCCACUCGCAGGAUGAGUUGAGACAGUGUUUGCCUUGGCUCGCUACGCACUUUCCCCAUUGGUUUGAGUCUCGAGACCAGGAGAGAUCGAUCGAUCCCCAGAAACAAACACGAACGAGCGCGCCCUUGCCACCAGAGCAGCGUUCUGAGGGACUUGAAGAGAUCCGGGUUGAUUUCAGCGCUUUCGCGGACGCUUUCGCCGAACUCAGAGUGACCGCGAAAACGAAUGCUGUGAACAAACCGGACCGCAAAGAGUCUACCAAGCACUCGGGAGGCAAACAGAAAGGCAGCAAGAUCGAUAACGUGAUCAUCCACGUGAGCAAAGUCAAAGGAAACAAACAAAUGACAGCAGUUCAUGGUCUCGAGGCAUUCUUGGAGCGAGGCACCAUCAAGGAUAUGGCAAAAUUAUGCAAAAAGCGGUUCAGUUGUGGUGCAACGAUUACGAGAACUGAAGCUCAUGGAGAGGCCCUUGAAAUCCAGGGCGAUCGCUCGACGGACAUUGCCGAAUGGCUCCGAGACGAGUUCUUAGUACCAGCGGAUCGAAUUUUCUUCGCAACCACGGGUGAUCUGAGGAAUAAACAAGCUGCGUUUCCUGCUUGA